AUGGCCAAGCCCGCCCCAUCAAUCGCAGUCAAGGACCUCUCCUAUAAAUUCCAAGAUGGCUCCGAAGGCCUGGAGCAUGUUACCCUCGAUCUGCCCGCGGGAAGUCGAACCCUUCUAAUCGGCGGUAAAUCCCACCCUCUCACCAUCUCAUCCUAUAUCACCCCGCUAACAGCACCCACAGCAAACGGCGCAGGCAAAACCACCCUGCUCCGCCUCCUCUCCGGCAAACGCCUCGCACCCACAAACACCGUCUCCGUCGGCGGCGUCGACCCCUUCAAAGACAGUCUCGAAGGCGUAACCUACCUCGGCGUAGAAUGGGUCCUUAACAGCAUCGUCCGCACAGACAUCGACGUGCCUACCCUCCUCGCCUCCGUCGGCGGCAACGCCUGGCCCGAACGCCGCGACGAACUAGUCGACAUCCUGGACAUCGAUCUGCGAUGGCGCAUGCACGCCGUCUCAGACGGUGAACGGCGCCGCGUCCAGCUCGCAAUGGGCCUACUCCGGCCGUGGACUGUGUUGUUGCUUGACGAAAUCACCGUGGACCUGGAUUUGCUUUCGCGGAGCAACUUCCUCGCGUUCUUGAAGAGGGAGACCGAGUCUAGACCCUGUACUAUCGUUUAUGCGACGCAUAUUCUGGAUAAUUUGGCGCAGUGGCCGACUCAUCUUGUGCAUAUGCAUUUGGGCAAGGUUAGGGCUGAGGGUCCCUUGGAGACGUUUUAUGAUCAGGUGCCCGAUUGGACGUCGGAGAAUAGUAGGCUUGGUGAGUUGGUUCUGAAGUGGUUGAAGGAGGAUUUGAAGGCUCGGGGUCCUAGGAAUGGGGCUUCGGGUCAGGCGAAGACUUAUGGGGCGAAUGAUGGUAUUGGUGGAUAUGGGUUGGAGAAGAGGAGUGAGUAG